AUGGCAUCCCGCUCAGCGACAGCCCUUUUCCUCUCCAGCGUUCUCCACGCCGCCAGGCCAACAACAGCCCGGGCAGCAGCAAGAACCAUCCCCAGAGCCAUCACCAGAUCCCAACAACCUCGCAUCGCGCCCCGACUCUCCCAGCGCUUCGCCCACAGCAUUCCUCGACCGCCUCAGAAGAAGCCUGCGACACCCGAAGCCUUGACGCCCUCAGAAGCAUCCUCGGAAGCCUCGACACCGUCCGAAACCCCGCCCAAAUCUCGCGUCGAGUCCCAACCUCACUACCGCCUCACCUUCACCUGCACCCCUUGCAAUACACAGUCCACCCACAACAUCUCCAAGCAGGGCUACCACCGCGGCUCCGUCCUCGUCACCUGUCCCGGCUGCCGCAACCGCCACGUCAUCAGCGACCACCUCAAGAUCUUUGGCGAGCGCAACAUCACCGUCGAGGACCUCAUGCGCGAGAAGGGCCAGCUCGUCAAGAAGGGCACCCUCGGCGAGGACGGCGAUAUCGAAUUCUGGGAGGACGACGUGGAGGACAACAAUGGCGACGUCAAGAUGGCUGGCCAGUGA